AUGGAGCGCGAGGCGUUGGCGAGGCGAGCGGCCGAGGUGGCCGACGCCGUCCGGGAGGGCGGCCCGGCCGCGGCAGCGCGGAGCCUGGCCUCGCGCGUGGUGGGUGGCGUCACGGACUCGGUGGAGCGUGCGGUGGCCUCGCUCGCGCGCGCGGUCGACGGCGGCGCGACGCGCCUCGUCGGGACCGCCGCGAUGGUGCGGAUGCAGUGGGAGCUGCCGCGGGGAACUGUCGUCGGGUCGAUGGGGCGGGUGUCGCUGGCGGUGGGGGCAAGCGCGCUGGUGCUCGUCGCCCCGGGCGCGACCGAGGUGGCCACUGUCCAGCGGCUGCUGCGCGAGGGCUCUGUAGGCCUCCCGGUGCUGAUGCUCAACCCGAAGCUGGUCGACAUGCAGUCGACCGGCUACGGGCUGGUGGGGCGCGAGCUGCGCUCGCUCGUCGCGGACACGUUCGAGGUGGCCUUCUGCCUCAAGACGCUGCUCGGCGGCGCGCUCUACCGCUCGUACCCCAACGAUUGGGCCGUGUGGCGCGAGGACGCCGGCGCAGCCAACGGGCCCGCGCUUGCUCGAGCCCUUCCCGGAAUCGAGGAGUCGCCCGGCGGCGGAGGCGGGGCGUCCUUCCUGGACGGCUUUGCAAAGUUCGUCAAGGGGUUCCAGGCGAUGUGA